AUGGCGGCCACCGACGACUCCAAAGCUCCAAACGAGAAGGCCACUAAGAUUGACAGCCGCCAGGAUGAACACAUUGAGGCUGCUCUCAAGCCAGAUGAAUUUACUGCUGAUGCCGCAGCGAAGGGUCAGGCCAGGACUGGUUAUGAAACCAUCAGCCUUUGGGACACAGUCAAGACCUUCAAGAUCGCCACCGGCUGUUGCUUCGCUGCCGCUUUCAGCGCUGGUGCCGACGGAUACCAGAUGGCCAUGAACGCGAGUAUCAUCGCCAACAAAGGUUUCGUCCAACAGUUUGCAACUUCCAUGGACAAGAAUGGCAAAUUGUUUCUGGAGUCCGGGACUAUCAGCAGCUGGAGCGCAACCCAGAAUUGUGGACAGGUCCUUGGCCAGACGGGCAUCGCAUUCGUCAAUGGUCGGUUUGGACGUAAGAUCGGAAUGUACGUUCUGUGGACUCUGAUCAUGGUCAGCGUCUUGGUCGAAACAUUUGCAAGGAACUGGAAGGUCUGGCUUGUGGCCAAGCUCUUCGCUGGUAUGGGUGUAGGCGCUAUGCAGGCUACUAUCCUGGGAUAUAUCAGCGAGGUGGCACCAGUGCGCGUUCGUGGAAGUAUGCUCAUGCUGUACUCUUUCUGGUGGACUUUGGGCUCCUUCUGUACCCACGUCGCCUUGCAAAGACUCAAUCGCCGGGACGCAUACGACUACCUUACCCCUAUUUACACCCAAUGGGCUCAUGUCGGCAUCAUGGCUAUCAUCUACGUCUGUCUUCCCGAAUCGCCUGCUUGGUGUGCAAGUGUUGGCAAGGAAGAGAAAGCUAAGAAGUACUUGAAGCUCAUCCAUAGGGAUGUGAAAGACUACGAUGUUGAGUACCAGUAUCAAGUCAUGGCCUUGAACAUCGAGCAUGAACGUGCUAUCGCCGCCGAACAACGUAACGAGAGUUGGGUUGCUAUCUUCAAAGGUGUCGAUGGACGACGGACCAUCACCGCUCUUUGGGCAAUUGUUUCACAACAGUUCCUGGGCUUGGCUCUUUUUGGUACCUUUGGCACUUAUUUCUUCCAGCAGGCUGGCCUGGCAGACCCUUUCAAAAUCAAAGCCAUCACGUCCUCUUUGCAGAUUGUCACUGUCCUAAGCGCCGUCAUCCUCGUUGACAAGUUUGGUCGCCGGCUUAUGGCUUGCUGCUCAACUACAUUGAUGUGGAUCGCAUGCCUUGUUGUUGGUAUUCUUGGUGUUGCUCCUGAGAGCAAUGCGACGACAUAUAUUUUCGUUUUAUUUGCCUGUUUCUGGAACAUUGGUAUUGCUGGCAACGGCGCUGCGGGUUGGGGCUACAUUGGCGAGAUAUCAUCCCAGCGUCUGCGACCCUAUACCUCCGGUUUCGCUGCCUCCGCAAACUCUAUUAGUGGCCUUAUCAUGUCCGUUCUGACGCCGUAUAUGGUCAACGCGCACAAAUGGAACUGGAGAUAUAAGACGGGCUUCUUUUACGCUGGUGUUGGUGCCAUUUGGGUUGUUGGGAGCUGGUUGAUCAUUCCGGAAACAGCAGGUCGCUCUGCCGCCGAAUUGGACGAGUUGUUCGAACGUAAGAUCAAGGCCUGGCGAUUCAAGAAGACCGAGACGGCUACUCAGCGCCUUGUCAAGAGCGAGCAGGAGGAAAUCGAGCGUUCCUGA